AUGGAAUUAAAGUCUAACUUUGGUGGCAAAUCUUCCCUAGAUUCAGAAAGAUCUGUAAUAGACAAACUAUAGAAUGAAUUGAAAAUGAUAUAUUUCAAAGUCACUCAACAGUUAUUGAAAGAAGAAGAUCAAUCAAUUAUUAUUAGUUUACUAGCAAUCAUUAUUUAGUCAUUUUAGGCCACAUAUAUUAUUUUCAAUCGUCAAACAUGGAAAGUAUGGUAGACUUUUGAAGUAACUGAAUGGCUUAAUAAGAUAUUUGGGUAAUUUUAAAUAAGAUAAUAAGAUAUUCAAUGUUAGUUCCUUACUUUGAAAUGAUAUCAUUUCCAGCACUUGUCACUAUGAUGUAUGUUUGCUUAGGUUUAGUAGUAUUUGCAUUCAUGCUAAUUUUCCUCUUAAGCUAUAGAUUGAAGUCUUCCUUUUUGUGGCCAAUCUAAAUUUUAAGAAUUUUAAUUCAAAUGUUCUUAUCAGUUCUCUACAUGCCAAUAAUGGAUCUUUUUUUCUCUUUGAUAGCUUGCACAACUGAUGAGAACGGAAACUCUAUUAAUUAGAUUUUUAUUGAAAUUAAUUGUUGGUAAGGAGUUCAUAUAGUACAUGGUAUUGUUUCCAUUUUGGCUAUUGUAAUAUUCUAUCUAUUUUGUAUCACAUUUGCCAUGAUUUAUUAUGAACCAAGGUAUUAACCAAAAGAGUCAUUAUCAAAGAAAUCUGGAAGAAAUUUAGCUGUUUUUCUUACUUACGAAUUAAUAAUGAUCAUUUGUUAUACAUUUAUGGUUGGAAGAACUUAUGAUUAUUUGUUCCUUUUGUUUAUUGUUGUAGGUAGUUUUACUAUAUUUUGGAAGAUGCAUGUUGAAAAUCCACACAAUAAUGUAUACAUAGCCAAAAUGUGGUCUAUGCUUGUUUCUGUAAAUAUGUGGAGUGUCAUUUUAUUAUGUUUUGCAAAGUUUCUUGAAGGGUAAUUAUUUUUUGGAACUGUCUAUGCAUGGCUAUCAGGUUUACCGUUAAUGAUAAUAGCAGUUCUAAAAACUGAAAAAUUAAAUUAUGAUUUGCUUUUAACUAAUCUUAAUAAGACUUCAGAUCCACAAGAAGUACUUAAUUUGACAGAUCAUUUAAUCAAACUGUAUUACAUUUAAGAUGCAGAUUCUUAAUUAAUGGUUGAUGGAUUUUUAGAAAUACAUAGAGCAACAUGUGCUAGAGAAGAUUGUUAUUUAAAAUAGAAAAAAUUACCAAAUUAAAGAUUAGCCAAACCUUUUUUUAAAGAUUAAAAUCUUUAAGAAAGAGAUGUAGAUUUAAUAAUGGUCUUAGGUUAAAUUUAUUUUAAUUAAAUUAAACGAUUUCCAAAUGAAAUAUCUUUAAGACUUCGAUACUCGUUGUUUUUAUUAGAUGUUAUGAAAUAAAGAUAAUAAGCAUUAAAUGAAAUAAUAUAAGCAGAACAAUUAUGUCCUAGUUUUGAUAAUGAAUUUAUUAUUUUCAGAUAUAAACAAAUUGUAGAAUAUGAAAUGAAUGCAGUAUAGAAUGAAAAUAUGGGAAAUUUAGAUGUAGCAACAGAAUUAGCAUUUUAAAAUCAUAUGAGAUCAUUUUAAAAUAAAAUAGAAAGAGCAACAUUAAUGCAUAUGGACUUUUGGUCUUAAUUAUAAGAAGAUUCACCUGAUUUAGGUAAAAUGAAUGAUAUUGGUGCUAAAAUUAAUUUAGCUAUUACUUAAGUUGAAGAAUUAUGGAAUAAAAUGUAAAUAAUGACUUAAAAUUUACCUAAAGCUAUGAGAUUAUAUGGAAAAUUUAUUAUUGAAGUAUUAUAAGACAAAGAUUAUGGAGAAGAAUUAUUAGAAAAAGCUAGAAAACUCUAAUAGUAGAAUAGUAAAAAUAAGAAUAAAUAGAUGAUUUCAAUAUUAAGUGGAGAGGAUUUAAGUUAAGAACCAAAUGCUACAACUUUGGUUUCAACAGCUGCUGAAAAGUUUGCUCAAAUAAUAAAUUUAAAUUUAUCAUGUUGCAAUUUAUUUGGAUAUAGUAAAUCUGAAAUGAUAAAUAGAAAAGUCAAUAUUUUUAUGCCAAAUCUAUAUGCAAAAUUUCAUGAUUCUUAUGUCGAACACUUUCUUUAGACAAAUGAUAAUAAAAAUAUAAAUAAAGAGAGAUUAAUUUAUAUUAAAUUGAAAUCAAAUUACAUAGCUCCAUGUUAUUUAAUGUUGAAAAUCAUUUAAUCUUUAGAUGAUAAUUUAUAAUUGGCUGCUUAAUUUAGAUUACCUAAAAUCUUUAGACCCACUUGUUAUAUAAUAGUAGAUUAAGAAGAAAUAAUUGACUCUAUAUCUGCUUCUUGUAUUCCUUUGUUAAAUUUAGAUUAAAAAGUCAUAUCUCAUAAAAAGGUUACUUUGAUGGACAUAUUUCCAAAAUUUGAAGAAAAUAGAUCAUAAUAUUUAACAAAAGUUGGAGGAAUACUUCAAGUUUCUUCGAAUAUGAAUUAAUUUAGUAAUCAAAAUAUAACAGAGGUAAAGGAAUAAGAACAAACAGCAUUUAUGUGUUAUAUGACUGAAAUAAUGAAUGAUACAAUAGAUCAAUUAGCUGGCUAUGUUAUUAGAUUAGAAUUAUAAGGAUAAGAUUAAAGUAUUAAUUAAGAAUUACUUGGAAAUAAUCAUCCUUAAAAAAUUGGAUGCAAUUUAUAAUUUAAAUUCAAUCCUUAACGAGCUAUGUAUAGUGGAGAAUUUGUAGCAGAUACAAAUUCUUAAAGAGUAGAUUAAACUAUUUUAUGGGAUUAAAAUGAUUAAUCAUCUAUGAUUUCUUCAAAUUAAGUAGAUGUUUUAAAUACAGGAAAUUUAAGAUCUUAAAUAAAAACUGACAAGUCUGAAGAAUAAAAUUUAAACAAUAAAAUUAAUUAUGCAGAAGGAAUUAAAAUUUUGAGAUUAUUUGAAAAUAGAAUCUAAGAUAUAGAUGAUAAAGAUGAAAUAAUGUCAGAUGAUGAAGAGAUUGGUAAAAACAGUGUUUUUUAAAAUAAUUAAGAAUAAGCUAUAGAAAAUGAUUAAUAAAGAAAUGAUCAAAAUAAUAUUUUUAGAUCAAGAAAAAAUUUAUUUUAAAUUGUUAAUAGUAAUUAAACACCAAAAGUCAUUACAAAAUUAAAUUGGACAGCUAAUAUACUUGCAUUAAUUUUAAUUGUACUUUCUUUUGUUGAUUUCUUUAUCAUAUAUUAAUAAUAUGAGGAUAUUUAUAAUACAAUUCUUUUAGUAAAAAAUUAAAAUUAAAGAAAUGCUGAACUUUAAAGUAUUACAACUAGUGUUUAAAAUCUUCUAAUGUUAAAUUUGGAUGUUUGGCAAUUGAAAACAGAUACUGAUAAAAUAACUUAUGAAUAAUAAUAGAAAAAAAAAUUAAAUACUUCAAUUACAAAUGUUGAUAAUUUAAAUAAAGAUUUAAUGUUAUCAAAUGUUGCAUUAAGUGAUUCAAUAUUAGAUAUGAUGAAAACAGAUAUUGUAAUUAUGAAAUCAAGUGAUGGUAAUGAAUAAUUGUAUGAUUUAUCUGAAGCAAUUUAAUAAAUUAUUAGUAAAUCACUGAUUAUUAGAGAAAAAAAUAUAGUUAAUAUUAGUAUGCAAGAUAUAGAUGUAAAUUUUGUACUUUAUAAUUCUCUUAAUAGUUUAAUCUAUUAAUUAAGAUUAUUCUCAACAUUAUAUGCUAAUGAAUUGAGAAUUAAAGCUUAAAAUAAUGGAUAAAAUUUCUUAUUAAUUUUAGGAGUUUCAGCUGCUGCAAUAGGACUUGGAUUGAUUAUUAUGAUAAUAGCUAUGAUAUCUGUAAGUAAAAAUUAAGAGGAAGUUUUAGCAAUGUUUUUAGAUCUACCAGAUAAAACUGUUAAAUAUUUAUAUAAUAAAAGUGAGAGUUUCAUUUCUAAUUUAUAAUUGGGAGAAGAUGAUGAAAUGAUGUCAGAAAUAGAUGAUGUAGAAAAAGAAGAGUAAGAAGAAUUAAAUAAAACUUUAAAGACAAAGAGAAAAAAGAAAAAGUUUAAAAACACCAAUAAAGAUUAAAGAAAUUUUAUUUUUGGUAUUUUUUUUGUUUUGUUAAUCACACAAGGUUAUUUUGUGUUGAAUUAUAUCUUAAGUAAUACAUUUCUAACUAAUCUUGAUUAAAUGAUACCUGAAAUUAAUGCAACGGCAAGAGCUGAAAGUUUUUAUAGAUUUGUAGAUAUAGCAGAGAGAGCCUUGUUUAUAGAUAGAAAUUAAACAAUAAUGAAUUAAGAUGCUUAUACAAUGGUGAAAAACAAUCUUAAUAAUCUUUAUAUUUUAGAUUCAUCUAUGCAUUAAGAACAUUCAUUAAAUGUUGAAAUUACAAAUUAAAUAUAUCUUGAUGCUUUCAAAGAAACAUUUAUGUCUUAACCAUGUACAAUAUUAGCAACAGUAAUGAAUGAAGUUAAUGAAUAAGAAUGUUAAACAUUUGCUGAUGGUGCAAUAUAUUAAGGAAUGGCAGUUGGAGUAGCACGUUAUUUUGAAAAUUUAAGAUAUAUUAUGACAAUAUAUGAUUAAUUUUGGAAUAAUUCUAAAGCUAAUUUUACUUAACUUGCACGUGGAUUUGCUACUUUCAAAAAUAUAACUAAAAACCAAGAUAAUACAUCAAAUUAUGUUCUUAAUCUAAAUAAUUUCAAUCAUACUAAAGAGGCAAGAUAGAUGUAAGAUAAUUAUCAUAGAGGAACCUUUCGUUUUUUAAUUUAAUAAAUGAUUGAAGGAAUUUAUUAAGAUAUGGAAAGUAGUAAGACUCAGCUUCUUGCUUUUUUCGUUGUUUUUGAAGUUCUUUUAUUUGUGAUUUAUUUCAUAUUAUGGUUACCAUUAGUUGUAAAAAUGACUAAAGACAUUUGGAGAACCAGAUCAAUGAUUAUGAUGAUUCCUUUAAGAGUGAUCUAAAAUAUUAGAUCUAUUAAAGCCUAUAUCAAAGACAAUAUACAAAUUAAUGAGAUAGAUGUGUGA